GCUGUCGUUCGUUGUCGAAGAGAUAUAAAAUUGUCUUCGGAAUCCCCGUGAAGUUAUUGAAAACCCUUCGGUUUUCUCAGCCGUAUCUCGUAGAUAAAACGGGAAAACGAGCCAGUAAUAUCGUACGGCUACGAAAGGUUGCGGUCUCGGUGUUUAUAUUUGAGACCCGAGUAAGAAACGAUGAUCUUUCACGAUCGUCGUCGCACGUUCGUAAAAGUAAAAUAUGUUAGAAAGGAAAAGGAGAAUCGACAGAGAGGCUGGAAGGGUGAGAGGGACCGAUAAGAGAAAUCGAAUCAAAUGUGCUACGUGGAAUCGUGAAAGUGAAGGUGUACCCCGCUCUACCUAUGAGUUGGGUUAGGUUACAAACAUCGGCAGGAUACCUGUUGCUUGACACGUUUCAAAUACAUUCUCAUUGAUGCUAGAAGCACAAUACGUAUCGUCAGACGCAUUUUUUUAUCGCAUUAAUGAUAACGGUGCCACGAUAACGGAAUACUGCAAUUGUUGACAGUGCACUCAGGAUUGUCAAACGGGAAACAUACGAAUAUGGAGUCACUUCGAAAAAGUCUCGUCGAUUGUGGCCAGGAACAUUUGUUAAGAUUCUGGGAUCAACUGUCAGAAAACGAGAGAAACGAGCUUUGCAAAGAUAUACUUGAAUUAGACCUUGUGGAGGUGACAUCGUAUUACCAGAAGGCAAUAUGUACUUCCUCUUGUAUGCUCACGAACACAUUAGACGAUAAAGUAUCUCCUAUUCCGAAAGGGAAUAUUGCAUCUGUUAAAACAACGAACAAGGAUACGCUGAAAAUGUAUGAGAAAUUAGGAUUGCAAGAAGUCGCGGAUGGCAGAGUGGCUGUGUUAUUGUUGGCUGGUGGUCAAGGCACUCGACUGGGAGUACCUUAUCCCAAGGGCAUGUACAAUGUUGGAUUACCUUCUGGUAAAACUCUGUUUCAAUUACAAGCAGAAAGAAUACUUCGUUUGCAAAAUAUGGCAGAGGAGGAAUGUGGGAAACGAGGAGAAAUAACAUGGUAUAUAUUAACCAGCGAAGCUACCCAUGAUACGACCGUUGCCUUCCUUAGCGAACAUAAUUAUUUUAAUUUGAAAGAAAGCAAUGUUAAAACCUUUAUGCAAGGCAUGUUGCCGUGCUUCACGCUCGAAGGUAAAAUUAUUUUGGACCAAAAACAUAAAAUUGCUAAAGCACCGGAUGGAAAUGGAGGAUUGUAUAGAGCUAUGAAAGUACAAGGAAUAUUGGAUGAUAUGACGCGACGUAACAUUCGUAGCGUCCAUGUUUAUUCAGUUGAUAACAUCUUAAUAAAAGUGGCUGAUCCUAUUUUCCUAGGAUACUGUUUGUCUUCGUCUACCGAUUGCGGAGUUAAAGUCGUAGAGAAAUCAUCGCCAAACGAACCAGUAGGAAUUGUCUGUAAAGUCGAUGAUACUUAUCGAGUCGUCGAGUAUAGUGAAAUAUCGAAAGUAACAGCUGAAUUACGUCAUGACAAUGGACAGUUGGUCUACAAUGCUGCAAAUAUAUGUAAUCACUACUUCACGGUUGAUUUUCUGUGUUCUGUUGGUAAUGAGUACGAGAAGGAAAUGGAGUUGCAUGCUGCAAAAAAGAAAAUUCCAUAUAUCGACGAAGAUGGGCGUAGAAACGUGCCUACAUCGUCGAAUGGUAUUAAAAUAGAAAAAUUCGUAUUCGAUGUAUUCAUGUUUGCCAAAGAAUUGGCAGUUUGGGAAGGAAUUCGCGAGGAAGAUUUCAGUCCUCUUAAGAACGGAGAUUCCGCUGGUCAAGAUUGUCCAAGCACCGCUCGCAGUGAUGUACUUAAACUUCAUAAAAAAUGGUUACUAAAUGCUGGAGCGACAAGUGUUACAGACGAUGUAGAGGUAGCUCCUUUGUUAUCGUAUGCAGGAGAAAAUUUGAGCCACGUACAAGGACAAUCGUUCGGUGGUCCUUAUGUUCUGGAAUAAUACAAUCAGUUAUUGUUCUGCAUUGUUUUUACAGCAGCGAGAUUAAAGUAUAUCCUUAUACUUGUUAAAGAAAAUCUUUAGCUCGUUGCAUAAAUACAAGCUUCAUUUUUCUGUGAUUUAAUGAAAAAAUUGAGAACUUUAAGGACGUUAAGAACUUCGAACGACUAUAUCAAAAUUUUAUACCAGCGAUAGAAAAAAGGAAUCGUACGUUUUAGUCGCAUUACGUAUCGAAUCAUAAAAUAUGAGAAACAGUAUUUCGUAUAUACGCAUAUAUACCUUCAUAAAAUGAAUUA